GACGGUCCAUGUGAUCCGGUCAUCCUUACACUUGGACCCGCUUUUACCUUCACAAAAGAUCUUCUCUUCACCUCCCACUAUUACCUUCUCUCACCUCAAUGAUUCACAAUAACAACGACGAUAUCACUUGAUUAUCUACGGUUUCUUCAGGUGUUUAUUUGGCUGUUGAGCUUUUAUAUGAUGAUUUCCAUUCUUUCAGAUCAAGCGGUUGAUCGCUGAUGCUGCUGACUUGGUGAUCACAUUUAGAAAGAGGAGUCUAUGAAUCCGUCUUAUGGCCGACCAUAAAGAAAUAGAAAGUCAGCUUUAACUCUGUUGACUUAGUUAUAAUGUGGGCCUGUACUUCAAGCACCACAUCUGGCGGUGUCAAGUUGAAGGAUGGUCUUUCAAAUUCAAAUGCAGAGUGCUCAGAUGACGAUGCAUCUUUUGAUACCAACCGUGAGGAAGGGUUGGAGUGCCCAAUUUGCUGGGAAUCCUUCAAUCUGGUUGAGAAUGUACCGUAUGUAUUAUGGUGUGGUCACACUCUGUGCAAGAAUUGUGUUCUGGGACUUCCAUGGGCUGCUCUGAAAUUUCCCACUCUCCCAAUCCAGCUUCCAUUCUUCAUCUCCUGUCCGUGGUGCAAUUUACUCUCUCCUCGGAUGAUGUACAAAGGUGCUCUGAGAUUCCCUCGGAAAAAUUACUUUAUCCUCUGGAUGGUUGAGAGUAUGAACGGGGAUAGGACACGGUCUUGUGCAUCUGGACUUGGGGAAUUUCGUUCUUUGAAUGGAACUACAACUACUGGUAUGUCUACCCAUUCGCAUCAUCGGGAAAUUCCAGAGUCACAAGAAGGGAAUCACAACAACAUUACCGUUGUACGUCAGUAUUUCAAUAGAGAGAGACUCAACAUGUCACUUCGUAAGUCUUUGGCAUUUUUAGUUCACUUGACUGCUAAAUUUCCCCUUGUGGUGAUAUUCCUUCUUGUCACCCUUUAUGCGAUACCUGCAAGUGCCGCCAUCUUGGCUUUGUAUCUUCUCAUCACUGUUCUUUUUGCCUUCCCGUCUUUCCUCGUGCUCUACUUUGCUUACCCCAGUUUGGAUUGGUUGGUUAGAGAAAUUCUCACCUGAGAUUUAAAGUGCUCUUUCUCUCCCACCUUCUAUAUCACCAAAGAAUAGCACUUGCCUUAUCUGCAAGUGAAGUAAUUAAUUUGCCGACUACCCCUUUUUUCAAAGUGUCCACAGAGUUUACCUGCCUUACUGUUGCAGAAUUUUAACGAAAUAUUCUGUGCUGAAAACCUGUGUUGUCUUGAAUAUCGCUCUAUUGUUUGAGGUUUGGUAUCUGCAAACUGAUUCUAGGCUUGCCUUCGUGUAGCACUAUGACGUAUUGGAAUAUGUUCGAUGUUGCCUCCUUAUUUUGUUGGCCUUGUCAGUUCUGUAUUGUAAGUUAUGAUGAAUUUUCAAUAUUUUUGGUCACUUGUCUGAGACCAGCUCAAGGCAGUACUUGUAUUACAUUGGUAACCAGUUGUGGAAGUCAUUGCUACAGAGAAGUGUAUUAUAUGUGAAGAAGAGUGUGUUCAUUAGAA